AUGUCCUCUUCCGCACUUAGGCAACGGUACAAAGGGGAUUCAACGACGGAAAUACUUCAAAAUAUUGGUCAUUCGCAACACGAUACAAAGGACUUCGUUGGUUCCGAAGUCAAUGAGGAAAAAGGGCAAUAUUCAAACCCAUUAAUAUUGUGUUUUCUAAUAGCUUUUCGAAUAUUUGACGCUCUCGUGACCAGAACUUACUUUAAUCCCGAUGAGUACUGGCAAUCAGUUGAACCCAUCUCCCUAUUCUACGGAGCUCAUCCUUGGCAUUGGUACUUCACUCAAGGAUUGCCGGUGAUCUUAACCUCUUUAAUUUCAUUUAUCAUCUACGGGGUACAAUCGUCGAUGAGAAAACCGCAUCAUUGGCAACACGUCAAACCAUUAUUACAAUUGAUCUGUUGGGUGGUGACAAUAUAUAGCCUAUUGGGGCACAAGGAAUUUAGAUUCCUGUAUCCCUUGGUGCCAAUCUUUGUUUUGAUCGCGGGGUAUGGGUUUCAAGAGAUUUAUCGAGUCUCGGACUCGAGUGAUUCGAGGUCGCGUGCCACAGCUUCCCGAAGAUACCUAAGACUUUCCGUGUUAUUUUUUGUGCUAACCAAUGUGCCGAUGGCUUAUUAUGCAAGCGUCAUACAUCAGAGCGGUGUGGUGGAGGUGAUGAAUUAUUUAAGAAAGGAGGUGGAUAAUGGUGGUGUCAAAGAUAUUGGAUUCUUGAUGCCUU